CCAUGUGCAACCAUGAACUAAGAAAAAGAACCUCUAUCUAUCUAAAUCUGCUAAGCAGUUUAGUCUUUUACACCAUAAACUAUUUUCUGCCUUAUUGCACUUACUUCUCUCUACUCUUUUUUUCAAGCUUGUUCAACCAAGAACAGAGACUAUGGCUGGGGCCUUGGUGGGUGGAGCUGUUCUCUCAGCAUUUCUUCAGGUGGCGUUUGACCGAGCGGCUUCUCGCGAGGUCCUAGAUUAUCUUAACGGAAGGAAACUGAUUGAUCGGUUGGUGCAAAAGCUGAAGUUAGAGCUGAUGUCUGCUGGUGCUGUGCUCAAUGAUGCGGAGGAGAAGCAAAUUACAGACCCUGCUGUGAAAAAGUGGCUGGAUGAGCUCAAAGAUGCUGUUUAUGUUGCGGAUGACCUCCUCGAUGAGAUUGCCUACGAAGCUAUGCGAUGCAAGUUAGAAGCUGAAUCCACUAGUACUAGUAAGGUAAUGGGUUUUCUCUCUACUACUUUUGUUAAUUCAUUUGACAAAAGGAUACAGUCCGAACUAGAAAACAUUCUAGAACAAUUAGAAUCUAUUACAAAACAAAAGGAUGUUCUCCGUUUAGAAAAGGUUGCUGCUGCUGCUGAAGUACCAUCACGACCAUUGACAACUUCUUGCCCUGAAGAAUAUGGUGUGUUUGGUAGAGACAAGGAUAUGGAGGCGAUAUUUGAUAUGUUCCAAUCACAUGAUGCGAGUGUUAAUGGUAUAUGUGUUGUUCCCAUAGUAGGUAUGGGUGGGGUUGGUAAAACAACUCUUGCUCGACUUAUAUACAAUGACAAAAGAGUCGAGGAGAGUUUUGACAUCAAAGCUUGGGUUUGUGUAUCAGAAAAUUAUGAUUAUUUUAGGAUAGCAAAAACUAUUUUUGAAGAGGUCACUUCAUCUGCUUGUGACAUUCAAACCAUGAAUUUGCUGCAAAAUAAAAUCAGAGAGAAAUUCAAGGAGAAGAAAGUUUUCCUAGUUUUAGACGAUGUUUGGAAUGAGAACUAUGAUGAUUGGGUUGAGUUACUUAAAGUUUUCAAAUGUGGGGCACUAGAGAUUAAGAUUAUUGUUACGACACGCAGUACAAUAGUUGCAUCAAAAGUAGGCACAUUAUCUUAUAUUCUAAAUGAAUUGUCAAUCGAAGAAUGUUGGUCGAUAUUUGAAAAACAUGCAUUUAAAAAUGGAAGCUCCGGUGAAUUUCCUGUCCUUGAGGAAAUUGGUAGAAAAAUUGUCCAAAAGUGUAGAGGUUUGCCUUUAGCUGCAAAAGCACUUGGGGGUUUGCUACGGUUUGAAGAAAAUCCAAGAGAGUGGACAAAGAUUUUGAAGAGUGAUAUAUGGAAUUUACCAAAAGGAAACAUUAAUAUCCUUCCAGCUCUAAGAUUGAGCUACCACUAUCUCCCACCACAUUUGAAACGUUGCUUUGCUUAUUGCUCAAUCCUUCCAAAGGAUUAUGAAUUUAAAAAGGAAGAAUUGGUCCUAUUGUGGAUGGCAGAAGAUUUAUUACAGCAAUAUGAAGGAAAUGGAAUGAUGGAAGAAAUAGGUGAACAGUACUUUGAUGAUUUGGUAUCUAGAUCAUUUUUUCAACGAUCAAGUAGCAAACGAUCAUGUUUUGUAAUGCAUGACCUUGUCAAUGACUUGGCAAUAUUUAUAAGUGGAGAGUUUUGUUUCAAGCUGGAGAACAAUGAGUCUUGUGUAAUCACAAGAAAGACUCGCCAUUUGUCGUAUGUUAGAACUGAAUAUGACACCUCCAAGAAAUUUAAGGUGUCUUACAAGGACAAGGAUUUGCGAACCUUCCUUGGAUUAGAUUUGUCAGAACCUCAAUGGUUGUUAAAUAGGAUAUCAACGAUGAUGGUAGAUGAUUUGUUGUUGACAUUUAAGUGCUUACGAGUGCUAUCAUUUUCUACCUAUAGAAGCAUGAGGGAGUUACCUAAUUCUAUUUGCAAUUUGAAACAUCUACGUUAUUUAAAUCUCAGUUACACUUCAAUUAAAUGGUUACCCAAUUCUCUAUGUACUUUGUAUAAUUUGCAAACCUUGUUAUUGUUCAAAUGUGAGUCCCUUAUCGAGCUGCCUAGCAAGAUGUGGAGAUUAGUCAACUUGCACCACUUGGAUUUGGUUGGUACAAAAUUGAAAGAGAUGCCACUGCAUAUGGGUAAAUUGGGAAAUCUUGUGAAAUUAACUACUUUUGUUGUGGGCAAACAUUCUGGGUCUAGUAUUAAGGAGUUAGGGGAGCUCCAUCAUCUUUCUGGAGCAUUGUCCAUUUUAAACUUGCAAAAUGUUCAUCAUGCUAGAGAUGCAAGGGAGGUUAAUUUGAAGGAUAAGCAGUACUUAUCUGAGUUGGUGUUUCAAUGUGGCUUUGACAAUGAAAAUUCAGAAAAGGAAAGACAUGUUCUUGAGCAAUUAUGUCCUCAUUCGAAAUUGGAGUCUCUCACCAUUGCAGAUUACGGGGGUACAAAAUUUCCAAAUUGGUUAGAAGAUUGUUCAUUCUCCAAUAUGGUGUCUAUACGCCUUGCCAAUUGUAAAUAUUGCUCAUCCUUGCCUUCACUUGGGCACCUACCUGUCCUCAAGAAACUCUAUAUUCAAGGUUUUCAUUUUGUAUUGCGUGUGGAUCGUGAGUUCUAUGGGGAUAGUUCUUCUACAAUAAAGCCUUUUAAAUCCCUUGAAGUAUUAAGCUUUAAAGACAUGCCAGAGUGGCAGGAAUGGUUUUUAUUUGAAAGUGAACAUGAAGAUGGGGUUGAAGUUUUCUCUACUCUCAAAGAGCUUUGCAUAAUUGAAUGUCCCAAGCUAAGCGGUGGUCUACCCAGUCAGCUUCCCUCUUUAAUCAAACUUCAAAUUGUAGAAUGUCAGCAACUUGUUGCUUCAGUUCCUAGAGCUCCAACUCUCAAUAGUUUGAAAUUAAGUGAUUGUGAUAAGGUAGUGUUGAAGGAAUUACCACCCAAGUUGGAUGACCUCUUUAUUAGAGGAGGUCGCAUCUUCUUGCAGUCGUUUGCGGAGCUUAUGACGUGUCUCCCUGUCCCAGGAAGUGGCAUACCCACUACAUUAAAAUCACUUGAAAUCGAAGGACCAUUUCAGACCACAACGGGCCAUUACUAUCCUUCUCUUGAAAGUUUGAAUAUAUGGGAUGACUCUGACUCACUCUGGUCUUUUCCCUUAGAGUCGUACCCAAAACUCAAAUCUCUCACGGUAUGGGAAAGUAAAAAUCUUGAAUCUCUUUUCGUAUCAGAGGAAUCUUACCGUGAUCUUAGUUCUCUCACUCGUUUGGGUAUUUACUCGUCCCCUAAUUUUGUAUCAUUUUUUAGUGGAGGUAUCUGCGCCCCUAAUUUGACAUCGAUUUCGAUCUACAAUUGCAACAAGUUAAAGUCAUUGCCUGAAAAUAUGCGCACUCUACUCCCAUCCCUUGAGGGUUUGGCAGUCGGUGAGUGUCCAGAACUGGAAUCAUUUCCUGAGGGAGGUUUGCCCUUAAAUUUAGUAACACUUGGCGUCUCUUACUGCGACAAACUAUUUUCUCGGGGAUUGCAAGAUCUACACUCCCUCAGACAGAUCUGGAUCAAAGGCGAUAAUUGCAAAGAAAUGGAGUCCUUUCCGGAGGAAGCGUUGCUGCCUCCCACUCUCACAAAUAUCUAUAUUUUUUCUUUUCCAAAGCUGAAAUCACUCAAGGGUUUUCAACAUCUCACCUCUCUUAAAGAGUUGUGUAUUUCUGACUGCGAUAACCUCCAGUACUUACCAGAAGAGGGCUUUCCCACCUCUCUUAAAAGUUUGCAUAUUCAUGGCUGCCCUGAGCUCCAGUACUUACCAGAAGACCGCUUUCCCACCACUCUUUCUUCUCUAAGUAUUGACUUGUGCCCUCUUCUAAAACAACGGUGUGAGAGAGAGAAAGGGGAAGAAUGGCCAAAAAUUGCGCACAUCCCCAACAUAGUGAUUGACGGUGAAUUGAUCGAAUAAGCUAUGAGUCAACAUGCGCUUCAGCCCAGAUCAGUGUCACUAACAAAUCCUCCAUGCUCCAAGCAUCACUUUUGUGCUACCUGGCUGCCGAUCCUUUUGCGUUGUACAAACUACUAAAUUCUUAAUCUGUUUUCAAGUCACCUGUAGAAAGCUCAUCCUUCUGUCUUCAUCAACAUCCAAACAUUUCCUUACUCUUAUUCUUUCUGGAGCUGCACUUGCUUCAUUUUCCGUUCACUACAUUUCACCUUUGGACAUUUGAAGUGUGAGACACAGACUUUGAAAGAGUAAUUAUCCUAGAUGGUUUUUUAAUCUCAGGUAGACACUGGGAUAGUUUGAAGCUAGUGCUGCUUUAAUAGCUUUAAACAGUUGCUGAAUUUCUUAUGCAUGAGAAUCUUUUGAUGAAUGAUGCUGAAUAAACCUUAACUGAGCAACUUAGGAAGAGGCAUUAAUAUUGUUCGGGCACUUGAGAAGGGCUUUAGUUUCUCAUACAUGAGUCACAGAAAAUAAAUUAUCAGGGUAUAAGGCCAAGCUCAGUUCAAGCCUCCUUAUCUAUAUGAAAAAGAAGAAAUGAUGCCAAAAUAAGGGAAAAAUCUUGCAAGACUCGCAUCCCCUACAUAAGAAUCAAUUAUAAAGUUUUGGUGGGUGCUAAAACUCUUAAAGAGACCCAAUCCCCUGUUUUGCUCCACACAAGAAAUAGCUAGCAACACGACUCAAUUUUAUUACCAGAUAUGAGAUGUUUCAUGCUACAUCCAGAAAUUGUUAAGGGAAGGAAUUCUUCUGCAGAUUCACUUUAAUUUGUCAACAAGUUCAACAUAAACCCAACAUCUAUUUGGCGUGAUAUCGGAGCCUAUUGGUCACUAAAAAAAUCUUCUUAUCUUAAGGAUUUAUGGUUGCUUGACUCCUUUGCCCACAUUCCAACUGGAGGAACCUGCAGCAUUAUUCAGCUCCUUCAUUUUGAGUCCAAACUCCUGGUGGUACAACAAGAAAGUGGGAGAUUAAGGGAAUGAAAUCUCUGGUAGUUCAAUUAUUAUUAUUAUUUUUCCUUAAGCUUAUGCAUUUGACAACUAACAGAUUGAUUCUUUUAACAAUUUACACUAUUAAGAAGUUCAAAAUGUGAUUGUAACAUUUGUCUUGAGAAAUAUGGCAGGCUAUUUGAUCAUAUUUGACAAGCGGCAGGUGGAACCUAGUGCAGACUUGUAGCUUCCAUUAUCACAUUUUUUAGAUUAAAAAUCACUUCUGUGUCUUAGUGAGAGAAGUUCUUUUGAUUGAGCAAUGCAGGUUUUUAAUCUCAGGUGGACACUGGGGUAGUUUGAAGCUAGUGUUUUUUUAAUACCUUCAACAGUUGCUGAAUUUUUUAAGCAUGAGAAUCUUUUGAUUGAAUGAUGCUGAAUAAACUUUAACUGAGCUACCCAAGAAAAGGCAUUAAUAAUGUUCGGUUACUUGAGAAGGGCUUUAGUUUCUCAUACAUGAGUCAUAGAAAAUAAAUUAUCAGGGUACAAGGCCAAGCUCAAUUCAAGCCCCCUGAUCUGUAUGACAAAGAAGAAAUGAUGCCAAAAUAAGGGCAAAGUCUUGCCAGAAGACUUGCAUCCCCUGCAUAAGAAUCAAUUAUAAAGUUUUGGUUGGUGCUAAAGCUCUUGAAGAGGCCCGAUACCUCGUUUUGCUCUACACGAGAGAUAGCUAGCAACAUGACUCAAUUUUAUUGUCAGAUUCACUUUAAUUUGUCAACAAGUUCAACGUAAACCCAACAUCUAUUUGGCGUGAUAUCGGAGCCUAUUGGUCACUAAAAAAAUCUUCUUAUCUUAAGGAUUUAUGGUUGCUUGACUCCUUUGCCCACGUUCCAACUGGAUGGACCUGCAACAUUAUUUAGCUCCUUCAUUUUGAGUCCAAACUCCUGGUGGUACAACAAGAAAGUGGGAGAUUAAGGGAAUGAAAUCUCUGGCUAUUUGAUCAUAUUUGACAAACAGCAGGUGGAACCUAGUGCAGACUUGUAGCUUCCAUUAUCACAUUUUUUAGAUUAAAAAUAACUUCUGUGUCUUAGUGAGAGAAGUUCUUUUGAUUGAGCAAUGCAGGUCAGCUUCACACUGUGCUUCCAUUCUUACCAUUUACCGUUGCUCUUCUCAAAAGCGGAAAGCAGAAAUUACUUAUAAUACGAAUAAGAAAUGGAAUAAAAACUGUAAAAAAUGAUAUUGAAAUUAUUAGAAGUAAUAAGCUUUGAAUGCUCAUCCAUAUAAUCAUCUAAAUGCCACAUUACUUUUCCAGCAUAUAUAUGUCUUUGAUGAUUUAUAAAUUUGUUUUACAAGUACAGAGUACUUUUUGUGAUAUUGGCAAUUGACUUGGGCACAAUAUGGCAGGUUUUUAAUCUCAGGUGGACAAUGGGGUAGUUUGAAGCUAGUGUUGCUUUAAUACCUUCAACAGUUGCUGAAUUUUUCAAGCAUGAGAAUCUUUUGAUUGAAUGAUGCUGAAUAAACUUUAACUGAGUUACCCAAGAAAAGGCAUUAAUAAUGUUCGGUUACUUGAGAAGGGCUUUAAUUUCUCAUACAUGAGUCAUAGAAAAUAAUUAUCAGGGUACAAGGCCAAGCACAAUUCAAGCCCCCUGAUCUGUAUGACAAAGAAGAAAUGAUGCCAAAAUAAGGGCAAAGUCUUGCCAGAAGACUUGCAUCCCCUGCAUAAGAAUCAAUUAUAAAGUUUUGGUUGGUGCUAAAGCUCUUGAAGAGGCCCGAUACCUUGUUUUGCUCUACACAAGAGAUAGCUAGCAACAUGACUCAAAUUUAUUGUCAGAUAUGAGAGGUUUCAAGCAACAUCCAAAAAUUACUGAAGGGAAGGAAUUCUUGUGCAGAUUCACUUUAAUUUGUCAACAAGAGCAACACAAGCUCAGCAUCUAUUUGGCGUGAUAUCAGUGGCUACUUGUCCUCUUAUAUCAGUCACACUCCUAAAUUUCUAAUAUGCUACCAGGUCACUAGAAAAAAUAUUCUUAUCUUGAGGAUUUAUGGUUACUUGACUCCUUUGCCUGCAUUUCAACUAGAGGUGCCUGCAGAAUUAUUCAGCUCCUUCAUUUUGAGUCCAAACUCCUGGUGGUACAACAAGAAAGUGGGAGAUUGAGGGAAUGACAAGUCUCUGGAUAUUUGACCAUAUUUGACAAGCUGCACGUGGAACAUAGUGCAGACUUGUGGCUUCCAUUAUCUCAUUUUUUAGAUUAAAAAUCACUUCUCAGUCUUAGUGAGAGAAGUUCUUUUGAUUGAACAAGAUGUAACAGACACGUCACAUGUGGGUUUGUAAUGACAUCCCCUGUUGGAGUUUUUAAUCAUGAAGAAAUCAACUAAUGAAGCCUUUUCCGCCAGAGGUCCCUGCUUGGAAUUCUUGUUUUGUUGUCUAUAAUGAAAACUAUGUUGGCCUGCAAGUCUUGGAACACAAAAAAAUCCAUGCUGGACGGAUCAUGCUAUUAAAGGUCAACAAACUACCUCUCUCUGAGCUUUGGGAAUUGAUGGUGGACGGAAAAAUGUCAGUCCUCCCUAGAAUUUUGGUUAUUUCUUCUCUUCCACACUCUAGAGAGUUCAAAAGGCUCAGCACAUCACCGUUCUCGUUGUCCUUGCAGUCCUCAUCUGUAGGGGAUGUGAAACUCCGUUGUUACUAUCUAUAAUCUAAAUUUUCCUAUGCUGAAAUUGUGACGCGUGAGGUAUAGAGGGGGAAACUUUCCCAAGAUGGCUUAGGUGCUUGUUCCGUGAAAGAUUAGGGCCAUUCUUGAGGUUCCGUCGUGUCACUACCAGCAAUUACCAGUUUUCAAACACAAUAUGUGCAACAUGUAGGCUUCCAACAAUAACAUACCUGACAAUUGCUUGACAUCAUCCUAUUGAUGAAUAUAAUAUUUUAUAGGCUUGGUUUUAAGAUCUAAGGUGGCUGCUACCAACCAAAUUUGACCUUCUACAACCAAAGCUUCCAAAGAGCCAAACUUACAUCCAACAAGCAGCAAUGAUAUCUGUCCUGCUAGCCUGUUCUAUUUAACUUCAUAUCAAGUUUGGACCUCCAUGUGUGAAUUGGUACAACGAAGAGCAAUGGAGAGAACUGUGUAGCUCCACUUUUCGGAUUCAAAAUUUGAUUGGAAACAUAUCGCUUAGGCAAUUUAUGUAAUAUCAAUUGUGAUUGUUGCAUAUCAAGAAUUUGACCAUUUUCUAAAUGAAUUUGAUUGGAUGUACUCUAAAAUAUUCUUGAA